AUGCCAAGAAAAGAAUCAGCAGCAUUGGGAAAAAAUAUUUUAGGUUUAACUUUAGAAGUACCAAAAGAAUCCGUUGAACAUAAUCAUAGUGAAAAUGGUAUUCCGGAUGUUUGUAUUGAACGUUUACAAGAAGAAUUUAAACAACUUGAUUGUACUGACAAACAAAAAGAUCGAAUGGAAGAAUUUUUUAAUUCAAAACGUGCUAUUGGAGAAUUAAAACAUGAUGAUCUUGUUAAUAUAUGUGAAUUAGGUCAAGGUAAUGGAGGAAUUGUUUGGAAAGUUCGUCAUAAACCAACAGAUAAAAUAAUGGCGAGAAAGUAUUGUUCAUUUAUCAAUACUGAUUAUAAUUGGUGCAAUUGGUGUCAUUGGUUUUGGAAUUCUCUUUCACCGGGAAAGAGCAUUUAUUUGGAAGUUAAACCAGCAGUCAAAAAUCAAAUUGUUCGAGAACUUAAAGUACUUCAUCAAUGCAAUUCACCAUAUAUUGUUGGAUUUUAUGGAACAUUUGCAGCUGAAGGUCAAAUUAAUAUUUGUAUGGAAUAUAUGGAUGGUGGUUCAUUAGAUUUAAUUUUGAAGAAAGUAAUGCGUAUUCCAGAACAUAUUCUUGGUAAAAUAACGGUUGCUGUUCUUCGUGGUUUAAGUUAUUUAAGAGAACGACAUCGUAUUAUGCAUCGAGAUAUAAAACCAUCAAAUAUUCUUGUUAAUCAUCAAGGUGAAAUAAAAUUAUGUGAUUUUGGUGUUAGUGCACAAUUAAUUGAUUCAACAUUACAAACAUUUAUUGGUACUCGUUCUUAUAUGUCUCCUGAAAGACUUGAAGGUGCAAAUUAUGGAAUAAUGAGUGAUAUAUGGUCAUUAGGUCUUUCACUUGUUGAAAUGGCUCUUGGUCGAUAUCCAAUUCCACCACCAUCAACAAAAGAUAUUGAUGAUUUAUUUAAGCAAGAUCCAAAUGGAAAUCAACCUCGACCAGAAGGAUUUGGAUGUUAUAAAGUAUUAGCAAUAUUUGAAUUAAUGGAAUGGAUUGUUAAUGAAGCACCACCAUCAUUAUCACAAACACAUUUUUCUCCUGAAUUUUGUGAUUUUAUUGAUCGUUGUUUGAAAAAAAGUACAACAGAACGAGCUGAUUUAAACACACUUUUACAUCAUCCAUUUUAUAAACGAUAUGAAAGCGAAAGUGAUAAUCAAGAUGUUGCUUCAUGGAUACGACAAAUAUGUAAAAUAGAUCAAUAUCAAAUAAAUGAGAAUAAUUAUCGACGUUGUGCAACUUAA